AUUUGUUUAAUUUCACAGCCUAUUUGAUCAUGAAUCAAGUUUCUGGGAUAGCUCGCUUUCCUCUCUCCACAAGGGAAUUCUCAUCUGCCUCAGAAAUGGCUGACAUAGUAACAGAAGGAGAUCUUGAAUAUUAUGCAGCUGUGGAGUUUGAUGUGGACCCAGAUGCGACUGAGAUACCUAUGGAUAUGAGAUACACUAUUCGUUUACCUCAUGAUAUUGCAGCAUUUGGUUCUUGGUAUACUGAUCUGAAUGUCUUUCCAUGGCUAGGAGUCGGCCCAUCUGAAAUUAACAACUACAAGAACCGAUUCAUGUUGAUUCAGAGUAUCAUUGACCGGGUAGUGAUUGCUGUCCAAGCAUAUGACUAUACUUCAAGUCUUGCAGUAUUUGGUGCUGCCCUUGACUUGGAGUUUGGCAUGCAACAAUUUCCUUAUCCAUCAUAUACUGAUGAUCCAUUCAUUGUAACAAUUGAGAACAUGAUGCCCCUUCUUCUGUUUUUGAGUUUUAUCUAUGGUGCUGGGUCUAUAACAAGGGAGCUGACGUUUGAGAAAGAAUGCCGUCUAAAGGAGAGUAUGAAGAUGAUGGGUUUAGCUAAUUGGAUGCAUUGGCUUGCUUGGUUUGUCAAGUAUUUUGUCUAUCUUCUCAUACCAACCCUCCUCAUUCUAAUCAUAGUUGUCGUGGGCAACAUUUUCCCAAACUCUGGUAUUGGUAUUCUCCUGAUCUACUUUGUAUUAUGGAUGAUAGCAACCAUUGCUUGGAGUUUUCUCAUCUCAUGUUUCUUCUCUCGUGCUCGUCUGGGUCUUAUCUUUGGGAUGGUCCUUUGGUUCCUCAACUACCUCCCAAUGUUCUUCCUCGACUACAAAUCAUCUUCUGAUACCACUAAGACAGCAGUAUGUCUCCUGUCCAAUACCUGUAUGGGUCAAGGUGUCCUGGUGUUGGCCCGCUUUGAGCUGAAGGGUGAAGGGGUCCAAUUCUCUAACAUUGGUGUGAGUCCUUCUGAGGGUAGUAACUUCACUAUGGCAACCGUUUUUGGAAUGCUCAUCCUGGAUACCGUCCUCUAUCUUCUGUUGACAUG